CUAGGCCCCCAAUCACGUGAUCCGCGCCCAACUCCGGGCGGAAGAGGCAGGCGAAAACGCUGCAUGAAGCGAGUGGGCGGGCGCUCGUGCCCGGUUGAAAGAUGGCUGCCGCCGCUAGGCAGCCACCGCCUGGGAAGUUACUCUGAGGCCCGCAGCUCCCGCCGGCUCCCGCGGACCGCUGCCGCCUCCUUACCAUGAAGCCAGUGAGUCGUCGCACGCUGGACUGGAUUUAUUCAGUGUUGCUGCUUGCCAUCGUUUUAAUCUCCUGGGGCUACGUCAUCUAUGCAUCAACGGUGGCUGCAAGACGACAGCUAAGGAAGAAAUACCCAGACAGAAUUUUUGGGACGAAUGAAAAUUUGUAACUCCUCUGGAUUUAAUUCUCUGCAAAUAACAUUUCUUUCCCUCAUGCUUAUGUAGAUUUAAAAAUAAAAUUCAUAAUGCAAAGUUCCCAA